CGGUACGGUACGUUUCACAUUCGCAUCGCAACUCGCUCGGGCACAACGUUGGCCCAGUUGGUAUACCGCGACACCCCAUGGUGUGUCACUUUGUUGUGCAGUGUCUGACAGUGUCCGAGGGCCGGGAGAGGGAGACCGGGGUGUCGACGGUCUGUGUCAGUGACGGUGUGUGUUGUGGCAUGGAGGAUGGGCGCGGGACAUAGCGCGGAGUGCGAUGGCGCGACUAGCGACCCGCCCGCCCACAGUCGCAGGAAAUCGCACUGCAGAAGGCGAAGGUACAAGUAUCAUUUCGAACGAGCGUGGCUGCUCUACAUGAUCUCGCAUUUGUGCAAAGCUAAUAGGCACUCGGUGGACUCGGUCGCGUCGUAUUCUAGUCAGAAUCACGUUGACCGUAUCAGGACUCAGAACUUCUCAGCGGCUUCUUGUCAAGACGAAAGUGACUUCGGGUCGAUCAAGACCAGCCUGUUCAGACGGUCAUCCUCGAAUUUAGAGUAUUCAGUCAAACGGCCGGAGAGCGUCACCUCAACAAGUUCAACAAGAAGCCGCCUUCGAGAAUUCGUCGAAAGGAAAUCGAGCCAGGACGAGCACAAGCCCGCGGCAAACACCGUCGCUGACAUACAAUAUUUUGAGAACCCCACAGAAACCUUGGAAUUUGAUAAACCACGAAAUUCUCUAGAAAAGAAAAAUCAAGACGAACGACCUAAAAAGCGGAAAUUGUCGAAGAGCAAAGAGUGCGACAGUAAAGGCAAGAAAAACGAAAAAUAUCAAAGCAAGCUCGCCGAUUACUACAAGCUACCAGUACAACUACCACAGGACGAGUUCUAUCAACACUUGACACGGUCGAAAGCAGCAGAAGAAUUUUUGCAAAAACGAUUUUCAAAUUCGGACACUGAAUUCAGCGGUAGCUACGGGAGGCUGUGCAAGCAUAAAGAAAUAGAAGGUUCUAACUUACGUCGUAGUAGAAGCUUGGCAGUGAUAAGAGAAGAAACCUUUACUGACCUCCAAAUACAAAAUCACACUAAAAAUAAAAGGUCGCAGCUCAUUCCACGUGCUCGCCUAUUUGACAAGCCUUGCUUCAGAGACAGAUUAACCGGACGUGCUAAAUACCAAACAAAAGAAGAAGUAUUAGAGGGAAUUUAUAUUGAUAGUACAGUAUCGUGUUUCGCAGACAUCAACCAAGCAAGAGUAGACGAAGACACGCCUACAAAAACAAAUAACGCAGGAAGCAAGUCAGAUAAAGAAGACGUUUUAUCACGCGACGAAAGUCAACACUCUAGAGCAGACAGUUGGCCAAAUUUAAACGAGGAAAAUAAGCAAACAAAUCUUUCAGAAGAUAGUAUUGGACAUUCACGGAAUCCUAGUGAAAUUGAUAGCUUGGAUUCUAACUACGUUAGAAAACACUAUAAUUUUGAGGCACAUCGAAAAAAUUACAAAGAUAGCUCUCCUGAAACCGAUAGGUCUCCUAACAGUUGCAAAGAACUGUACAUAACUACUGAUGAUCCUGAUAGUGAAAACGAAACUCAAGAGACAUCUAUACCUAUAAACACUGACAAUAAUGAUAACAUCCCUACCACAAAAACUGAACGAAGUAAAAUAAAAUCAAAUCCAUCUGAUUUAGUUGUUGAUUCAAACACUUAUGAUAUUACAAGUGCUAGUCCUUCAAAAGAUAUACAUAUAAAAACAGAAAUUUACCCUACAUCUGAAGAAAAUAAAGAUUGUGAUAUACAGUCUGUACUUUCUGAAAACGAUGAAACUAUAUCUAGUCCUGCUGAUAGUAUAACAUCGUACAUAUCUAUUUCAAUAGCUUCUUCUACAGACAAGUCUCAUAAGCUAGAAUACUUGGCAAAUUCACUUGCUGAAAAAAUUGAUGAGUACUGUGAUUCACAAUUUCAAGAAAACAAUUUGGUGCACUCGCAGACCACAACUUCUGAAAAUCAAAACCUUGAAAGUGAUCCAAUUUAUACGACAGUUCAUAAGAAAACAACAUUUGCAGACUUGAGACGCGAUUCUAUCUUAAGCAAAGCUAGCAAUUCAUCUAACAAAGAUAAAAUCAAAACACCUACCAAUGAAGUUUAUAUAACCAAUACCUUUAUUGGAUGUAAUGAUUACAGCCAAGAUACGUAUUGUACAUCCUCCAAAAAUAUAACUACAGAACCAUUUGUGACUACUCUUAUAGAAAAUCAGUACUAUUCUUUACCUGAUUUAAACAUAAGCAAAUGUUUACGAAAAUCAGAAAGAAUUGAUGCUCAACUUAGAGAAGAAGACCCUGAAGACAUACCUUGUGAAAAUACGUUCGAAAUAGCACAAACUCAUUUUAGAGAAAUAUUAUCACAUAAAAGCAACGAAAACUAUGGCCAAUUAAACAAAAUAAACAUAACUUAUCACAAUAACGAUAAUAAUAUUGACAAUUCUGAAGCUCAAAUUAUACAAAACUUCUCGAAGCUUGAAGACGAUUUAAAAUCUAUUGUAACAAUUGACAGUUCAAAUCCGGAUGAAAAUUCACACUACUACCACUUGGACCACCACCAGAACGAAAGAGAAAUAAACGAAAUCGAAGGUACUAUUCGAAACAAUAAAAUAAUAACAAAAUCGGAAAGUUUAAAGAUCGCUCAGAAUCUUUCUUACAAGCCUGAAGUUAGGAUAUUAAAAUCUCUUUCAAAUGAUAACAUUAAUAAAUCAGUAAAAGAAAAGAAAAUAAAUUGUGCAAUAAAGAAACAUUAUUCUUUACGUCAACGAAAUCCCGCUGAAGACGAAAACUUUCGUCUUCCAAGUCCCAACAGUGUAGAUAAAAAAAUAAUUAAAUCUUGUCCAUUAACCUCAAAACUAUCAUUUAGUGAACAAAUUAAAAACCAUUCAUUACUAUCACGAGUGCAAUCUUUCAAAACUUGCGCUGAAUCAAAUAUUUCAAUUGUACCACUAAGUGGCCAUCAAACAAUUGUAAUAAAUCCACCUGUAACUCAAGAAAUACCUGAUACAAUAAACAUCGAUCAAGAAGCAAACACACAACCAGAAAUAAAACAAGAUACCAAAUCUCCAACAGAGACCAAUUUAGAACCACGUCUAAUAAAAAUCGAAGAAGGCAACAACGUAAGUCACAGUGGUAAUAAUUCUUUUCAAAUUAGUCAUAUCGCAAAAGACCCUUUUAUAACAAUUAAACUCAAUAAAGUUGUGAAAAAGACCAUUCCAAAGUUGAAUAGCAUAUCUUAUGAAACGACUUUAGCUAAUAAACAACAUUUACAAAGACCACCACCAAAACUUAUAAUAAGCGAUAAAAAGAACGUGGCAAACAAUAAUUUACAGAAUAAUAAAAUUACAAUGACGCGGCCACAAGUCUUGCAGGUUAUUGACUCGAGAAAUAAAAAACAGACUAGUAAUACAUACACAGACAAAGCUAAAAAAAUCAUCAACUAUCAAAAACCCGAACGAGAAGCUAAAGAAGAUAUCAAAGAAUACAAAGGUGACAGUAGUCAUGAUAAAGAUAAACUUAAUAAUGCUAUAAAAACAGAUAUAGAAUAUCAAGAAAAAAUUAAUUCUGUUAAGAGUUAUUGGUCCAAAUUAAAUGAGAAAUCUCCAGAAAAUGAGAAAACUCAAAAUAAACAAACAGAUAUGUCGGUCUGGCCAGAAGCUACAGAUGGAACAAAACAAGAUAAUAUGAAUAGGGAAUCUAAGCAAGAUUGUGAAGAAAAUAAUAAAUGUGUACAGGAAGUAUCAGUUGGUAGCAUUAUUAAAUCUUUAGAAAGUGUUAAAAUCGUAGAUAGCAUUAGAAAAAUAAGUCAAACCAAACUUAAUUUGUGGAAGGAUGAAACUGAAAAAGUUAAAAGUGAUUCAGAAAUCGAUGAACCGCUUGUAGAAAAGAUAGUAAAAGAAAAUACUGGUACUAUAUACGAUAAUCCUAAAUAUAUUAAGAAACCUGAGAUAGACGUUUCUCGAGAUACACCAGAAAUUGAAAUCGUUGAAUUAAGUAGUGAUGACAAUCAGAAUCAAAAAACCCAAGCAACUCUUAUUAAAGCUAAAGGUUAUGAAAAAGGAUGCGACGAAUUCGAUCACGUGAGAUAUAAGGUAAUGAAAUCAGAGCUAUUCAAAAAUAGUAUGAUAGCAAAUUAUCGUAAAGAGGCUCAAUUUGAUGGACUUUUACAAUAUCUACAAGAUUACAGUUUUCAAGAAUUAUUAGUCAACAAUAACAUAGUAAUAAUUGAGCCUGUUAGAACUAAAGUCGAACCAGCUCCAAGGAAGAAUACAAAAACAGAUACCUGUAAAAUUUCACCUAUUUUACUGAAGAAAAAUGAACAAUCUUCUCAAUUUGAAAAAUCAAAAAAUGCUGUUCGACGACAUUUUUUUUAUCAUCCUAUAAGAGUAAAUAAGGAAAUAAUUGAAGAAGAGCUCCCAAAUCCGGAUACAGUUAAAAAGGUUAGAAAUUUAUUUGAAGUUACAUUAAAAAUGAAAAGCCCAAUGACUCACGAUCCUCCUUUGGUGGAUGAAAAUGCCGGCCUUCCAAGAAGAGCUACAUCUUACAGAAAUUUAAGCGAAGAAACGAAAAGCAGUAAAGUUGGAGGAAGAAAAAAAAUUACACGACAAUUAACUAUCGAUACAAACUUUGGUAAUAAAAAAUGGGACAACGCUAGCUUAUCGAGUGGGGUAUCUAGUGGAGAUCUUAGUUCAAACAACGAAUACGAAACCGAUGGCCUUAGUCCAUAUUCACAAAAAACUCUAAAGGAUAAUGUUUACAGUUCUAGUGACGAAUAUCUUUGCGAUUCAGGAAGUCAAGACUUCUGCUGCGAAAGUCAAUACGUAAGUCCAGACAUCCUUAAAAAAAUACGGGACUGUGGAACAUCUGUUACAUAUUACGGCGGUAAAGUUCUAAAUUCAAAACCUGGUUCCACAGUUAGUCCUAUGACUAAGGCUAUAAUGGAGGAAAUUAAAAGUUUGCAAAAAAAUUGUAGUAGGGAUUGUUAUUCAUGUCAAACCAAAUGUCGAGGUGAAAAAUGUUCUUGUUUAGUAGCAGACAAACAUGAACAGAUGUUGUCGGAAAAAGUUGGAAAUAGCCCCGCAACAGAAUUGGAAUUGAAUCAAAUCCAAGAGAAAAAUAAACGCUCAGAUAGUUUUCCAGGUUUUAAGUUUAAACUUGUGAAAUCUAAUAGUUGCAGCAGUCGACUUGAGCUGACCGGUGCUGAUGAGAGUAAAAAUCCCAGAAUCAAGUUUAGAAAACAGAAUUCUAAAGAAGAUCCCCCAUUAAUAAAUGAAGAUGAAAACUCUGUAAAGAAUAAAAUAUGCCGUUUAGAAAGCUAUAACAAAGGUAUCGUUAAAAGUCCUUUUCAGGACAAGGACAGUGAUGAUAAUAACAUCACCGCAUACAGCAAAAAAGAUAAAAAAAUUAACGGUAACAUAGAAAACAAAUCAAACGAUACCAUUACAAUACCAGAAACAGACGAACAAGAAUCAACGAAACAAGUAGUGCUUAAUACCGUGCAAGAUAUAACAGAAGCCAAACAGACAAACGACGCUAAUAGUUUUGAAAAAAAGUUUUACUAUCUCAAUGAUAAUAUUGAAUUGAAUAAGGUGUCACCCGGAAAAUUUGGUGAGAUGGUGUUCGAAGAAUUCGAAGUUUUAGAAAACUGUUACGAUAGUUUAAACAGUAAUAAGUCUUUGAAAUAGUAUAUUAAUUCAAAAGCUAUUCGCUUACUUUGUGAUCUGUGCCUGUUUCAAACGCUUUUAAUUUAUUACCUACUUGUAAAUUUAAUAAUAAUUAUUAUUUAUCUAAUUAUAUCUUUAGUAUUUCAGUGUCUCAACUAAUUAGAUUUAGAAUUUUAUGUAAACUGUUUAAUUUAAACGUCUAUAAUUAUUUAUAUUUUUAGUUAACGCUAUAGUCCUGGUGAUGGUCCAACCCUUUGUAAUAAAUUACGUUUAAUGUUCCGAUAA